AUGUGUGAGUCUCCAGUUGAUCGUGCGGUUUUUCAACCCGAGCCUGAAGUAGACAAGAAACAGACGACGGAUGCGGGCUAUCUUCAAAGAGGAUAUAUAAAAUCUUUUGGAUUUACAUUUGGAGAACAAAAGUGGACCUGUCGAUUCAAAGUCCACACUGACGAAGAUCUCAACAGUUUGUCGAUGCCAUCAAACAAGACACUACAAAAGGAUGAGUAA